UAUUCUGAUCUGCGGAUCAGCUGGGCGAAGCAAUAACAUCACAAACAAUAUCUGCUUUUUCAUAUUUUGUACUACCUCAUAUAAAACAAAUACCUAAAGCUAUGCUUUAAGAUUUCUGUGGUCUUUAAUUGUGUGGUCGUCGCGUUUACAACUUGAAUAAUUUUGCAGGUAAGACAGAUCUUUGCACCAAGUGAGACCUUAUAUUGCACUGCGCCUUCUCUGAGGAUCAAAAAAGGCCAAUACACCUGUGAUCAACCUGCCAUCUGUUACAUCACAGAAAAACUACAUUAGUGACCAGAGUUAAUAUAAUAGCUAUUUAAAAAAAAAAUCUCAUAAGGCAGCUAUCCCUCAGGAAACAAACAACAACAAAAAAACCUGUGACCUUUGACCUCCGAGACAGCCAUGUUCCAGCGGCUCACCAGUUUGUUCUUUGGAAGUGAAGAAGAACUUACUCCAGAGCUGAAGGGACCGAAGCCCUGUGUGUGUGAGGCUGAUGAAGAGGGAUGGCUCCUGGUCAAUCUGAACGGUGAGGAUGGGCCAGAGGCAUGUGCCCGUCCCCGCAGUGAAUGUCAUGCAUCUCAGAUAUGCAGCCCCUCUCCUCCCACCUGCAGAAACCGCAGGAGUAGAGCAGGCAGGACACAGGCAGCACAUGCUCCCUCCUCUCCUGAUCCCGCCUCCUUCUCUCACCUUGAGUCAGUCGAAGUGAAUGUGUUGUUAAGAGAGCAGGGAUCAUGUUCCUGCAGCAUGGAUGAGAGCUGGUUUGUCACCCCUCCGCCCUGUUUUACUGCAGAGGGAGCCACGGCGGAGGCCAGCCCCAUGGAGGACCUCCUCAUCGAGCACCCCAGCAUGUCUGUGUACGUCUCCGCUGGCCCUCUCCCUGCGGAGGAAGAGAGCACCACCAGCCUGGCCGGCAGUGUCAGCAGGAUGUCUGAAUCCGCAGUGCCAGCUGUGACCAGGAGCACACGGGUGACCCGAGGAGCAGCCGCACAGGCAGGGGCCCUAGCUAAAGUCACCCAGGUCUCCAGGGUCCAGAGGGCCAAAGCCCGCACUGAGCGGCGCCACCUGGCUCGCAACCGCAUGCAGCGUCAAAACCGUGUGCGUGAGCAGGUCCAACGGCAUGCGACCCACACCCGCAACUCCUUCCUGCACCAACCGUGCCAGCGCAACAUCUGCCACUGAGGCAUCGAAGUUUACAUUGAGGGCAUUAUUACACACCCCAAAAAACCCAUACGUCCCAAUGAAUCCCCUACCUUCUUAAUUUUGUUUUUACUGGUGUUAUGUCAAUAAUUUUAUUGAGUUUCAUAUUAAUCAGGUUUGUUUUUGAGCACAAGCCUAAAUCAGUUUCCCAGUCUGGGAGUAUAGCUGAAAAGGAGACACAUGUAAACUCUGUAUCCCUCUUAAUGUAUAACAAUGACACUUCAGGUACAUUGGCACUGCUCGUUGAAAUAUAAUCACGUUAAAUUGUCAAAAAAAUAAAUAAAAAAGAGCCGAGCACUAAAUGCUUCAUAGAAACAUGAGUCUAAGAUUUCCAGAAUAGAUUUGUACCCUGUAAAGUCACACUGAAAAAAAACUACUACAGCGAUGGAAGGGUCUCUUAAAAAUGUGUAUGUAAAAUAAAACCAGAUGCAAGCAAUUGAGAUUUGGCAGAGCAAGACAAAUCUAGCGGGAUGUUUGUAAUGAGGUCAUUUAAAAGUAGAUGUUGCUGCCUGAUUUUCAGCACAGCGGUGCUAACUUUAAAAAGUCAUUAAAACCCCAAAUUUAAUUUAAUUGUUUGCUAUUAUAUGACCUCUGUUCCUAAACCUAGUGGCAUCCCUAUCUAGACAGCAUGGGGGGGGGGGGUAGCCCAGUGUAUUUAAAAAUAGAUAUUUUCACCCAAUAUUUAUGUGUGCUAUGAAUUUGUGCUCAUUAGAGUUUUGCCUUGCGUUAGCUUAGCAACAUGCUAACAUCAAACUCUAUUGGAAUCCGUUGUAAGCAUCAGAUCGCUUGUGCACUUUGUAACCCAUUCAGUACCAAACACUAUAGAAAACCGCAAUAUAUUGAAGCCUAUUUUAAUUCAUGUCUCUUGAGGCAGCUUUUUAAGGAAUCUAGCUGACUAGAUUUAGAAACCGAGCCUUCAGGUAAACUAAGAUCGAGUCCAUCAUGAAUCGUACUCAUACUAUGCCAACAACACAGUACUAAUGAUCUUUACAAGUACAUAGAACAAGGAGAGGUUGUCAUGUGGUUGGCUGUGGGUAUAAUUGCUGCGAAUGUCCAGGAUAAUAUAGAUUGUGACUCUUUAUUUGCUUCAUGGAGGAUUACUGAUGGGUGAAUCUCACAAAACAUUUCAAGAUGGCUGCAUAUUGUGCAAAAUACAAUUACUUUUGAUUUUGAGAUGCAAAUUGUCUUGAUGUUUUUGUGAGAUUGACCUGAUGCUCCAAAAAAAAAAGAUAAUAAUAAUAAUAAACCAGUCCCUUCAUGUGCUUGUCCACUGCAAAGUUUUCAGUGUAGUUCAAAAGUUCCCCAUCCUGCACUUAAUGAUUUGUGAGAAAUCACUGUGACCACAGAGACAAAGAACGAAAACGUUUCCCAUGACCAUUUCUUUCUAUCUCAAAACAUCCGUUUAAAAAAAAAAAUGUUAUUACUUGCAUGUCAUCAUAUCUCUUAAUCAUUGAUUAUAGGAUUGUGCUUUACAUCUUCAUUGUAUUCUGAUGUCUGUCCGUCAGAGGAUGCUGGGUCAUCGUCUCUAGUGUGUCCCAGCACACAUGCACUAAUGCAUAUGUCAAAUGUGCUCUUUCUUGAUAGUCAGCGAAUACUUUUAGCACAUUUCCAGGAAACGCGUCCACCAUCCAUCUUAUGUGUAUUCAGUAAUGAACAGAUUAACAAUGGUGCUGGAAGUAUAUAAUUAUAUGACUGUUCAUACAUUUUUGAGACUUUGAAAAGUUCGCACUGUCUUAUGAUUUAUGGAGAUUCAUGGUAUUUGAAGGUACAUGGAGAUGCCAACAUGCAUGAGUUUGGGGAAAAAGCUACCUUAAAGGGUGAUCAAUUAGUUGCUUUCACAUGUAUGUAAUUGCAAACUAUUUACAGUGUUUGCGUUAUUUUCAUUUUGAAACAUCACCUUCCUGUUUUAAUGCUAUCGUUUAACCAUGUGUUGUUCCAAAAACUUGAUUACAUGUUCUUCUACGGAGUAUUUUAUGAUAGGAACCAAUGUCAAUACCACCACUGAGCUGUUUCACAUUGAGGGGAUUUGAUUUUACAUGCCAUUUUCUUUUAGUUCUUCUCUCAGUUUAAUGUUGGAUCAUUUUAAGAGUUCUUCUUGUAGACUUUCCUAUCUCACCUGCCAAAAUCUAUUAUCGUAGUAAGCUACCUAUUAAAAACAUAAUGUAUGUAUAAUGUAAAUCUAAAUAUGCUUUUAUUUCUUUGUUUUCAUUUGAAACCUCUCUGUUUCUGAAUAAUAUUGAGUGCACAGAGAGUGCAGUACGAAUGUCAGUGGUGUAUCUAGAAAUAUCCAAUGCCCUGUAGCCUUACAAGGGUCCUUAACAUCGUCCACUCGAAAGUCAUCUUCUAUUUGCUUUGUUUGGUGAAGUGGACAGGGCAUGAGCAUAAAAUCAGUGACCUCUGCCCCCUGAACACCUGGUUACGUAUACUCUGUGUUAUUUCUGUGUGUGUGAGUGUGUUCAAUAUGAUUCAUUUCCUCUGUGGGACUAGAAUGAUGUCCAUAAGGCCUCAUGAGAGGCUGGUGGAAGCGAUAGUUAUCUGUGAUUUAAGGGAGAGGUGACUGAAAACAUGAAAUGAGAAAAGACAACAAAAAUAAAUAUGCUUGUAUUUUUUCCCAAUAUUGUUAAUGAGAAGAGAUGUUCACCUUAUAGUAACAAAGUACAAAUAGAGUAUUAAAAAAUGAUUGGUGUAUCAUGAUGUCUCUGGUGAUUGUGCCUUUCACUGUUCUGCUUGGUUUCCAUGAUGUGCCGACUGUUUCAUCCACAUAACAAGGGCAUCAGAGACCAAUGCAAAACACUAUGAUGGGUUUCCAGCAUCCUUGCAGAAAUGCAGGUACCAGACAAUAACAAUAAACACUCAGGAUGCAACUGCAA